AGUUCGACGCGCGGUCGCUUCGUGCCGUCGCUCCGUCGUUUGGCGUGCGCGCGCGCGCGCGCGAGUAACUCCGCCAGUGCGUGUCUGUAUAUCCGUGACCGCAAGUUGAUCCUUGGCGUCGGAAUCGCGGUCACCGGGUCGAACAUGGUCGAGAUGCGUAGCAAGGAUCGUCGAUUGCGCCGCGCGUCUCCGUCUCGUGAGCUGCCCUUGGAGCCGGAACCGGCGAAAAUGAGGUGUUCCGGCAAGUAAGGGUGUGCAGUAACGAGGAUGACAAGAAGCUGCUCGAAAAACGGGAGAGCGAUUCCGCGAAAGGGUUGAAUCCGGCGAUCGUCGGGGAAAUUGAUCGGUCAUCGCGAGGGACUAAAGAUAAGAGCAACUCUCGUUCGGUGGAGACGAUGGUGCGACUCGUGCGCGGCCGAUAGAAAGAUCCCCCAAGUUGUUUCGGUGGUUGUGUGGUGGUCCGUUGUAGUGCUAGUGCUGGUGCGAGUCGGAGACCCGUUGACGCUCAGGCCUCGUCCUCGUCGGUUUACUCAUGCUGGGCGUGCUCAAGCGGCGCUGGAAGCCAUCGAAAAGGGCUUCCAGCGGUCGCGGACCCGAUUCGCCCCUCAACUCGGAUCUGGCACUUGACAAGCCUCGCCCCAUACCAUCCCCCAGGCAAAUCCACCCCCUGUACGGGGAGAAAGCCGGCCUUUUGGGCUACUGCGACACGGUCGGUAACACGGAGAACUUUCCACCAGCCCCCAACAUCGUUGUCGAGGGUGGCAGAAUCGAAUUCGUGCGCCCCUCGCAAGAUGGCACAACGACAUCCCGAAGGAACACCAUGUCCAGAGCUUCGCAGACCUUCAACGAACAGCAGGAGAAGUCCGAUCCCGCCAAGGAGAGUCUGGAGGAGAGAGUGCAAGAGCUGGAGCAAGCGUUGCUGGCGGAACGUAUCGCGGCUCAACGAGAUCGAGCGACGAUCACAAAGUUGCAGCGGCAGAUCAACAAGAGGGAGGCCACGCAACGAGAUGUGGAACGAGAACGCCGGCAGCGAAUGGAGGCCGAAGCUCGGGUACGCGAGGCUACGGCCGAGGCUGAAAGAGCGCGCUCGAGAGUCCAUCAUCUUCAGAGAGAGCUGGCCAGAAUGGAGGAGUCGUCGCGGAGUCUGCUGCAACAGAAGCACCGGGCCGAACAGCUGAAGCAGGAGAAAACGGCGCUCACACUGUCCUACGAAGCGCGCGUGCACCAGUACCAGGCGCAGAUAUCGAAGCUGCAGCUGGAGAACGAGUCGAUGCGUGGCCAGCUGCGCGGCCUCGAGGCGGCAUGCGCCGGUGAAGUGCACGCCGCGCUGGUGGCACGUUUGGCGACCCUCGAGACGGAGCACGCGGCCCUGGCGCGGGACGCCGACGCCCAGCGUCGGCAGUACGAGCGGUGCCUGGACGACGUCGCCAACCAGGUGGUCCGUGCUCUCCUAUCCCAAAAGGGUCUCAGAGAGGAAAUAGGCGCGUUGCAGAGACGUAUACGAGAGCUUGAGGCUCAAAAUCGAGCAUUGUCGGGACUCUUGGCGCAGGCUGCCAGUCCCGGAAGCCCAAACGAACUUAUCCAAGGAAUCCUCGAGGCUGGUCCAGCCGCCCUGGUCGCCGCCUUGGGUCUGGACCCUUCCUGGGUCCCGCUCUCGAGGCCGCGCUCCCUCAACUUGCAGAUACCCGUGAUGGCAGCCACUAAGUGCCGACGCAGCAGACCUCUUGCCCAAAAGCCGUCGGAAGAGGAGGGCAGCGAGAGCCCGGAGAGCGGUAAUCGCGACGAGGGCUACUCGACCAUGUCGAGCGACGUCCAGGGUGAGGGCACGCGUCAGGAACCGUCCGCGCGCGGCCUCGAAGAUCUGAAGGAGGCGACCGACGAGACCGAGGCCGACGUGUCACCGGACGCGCGCCUCGUCGCCCUCGACGUCGGCGAUCCGGAUGUUCUCUUCCUACCUCUGAAUCUCACCGUGGGCAUCAAUCCGCGCCACAGCUAUCCGCCGACUAAGGACCUGCUGCCCUAUCAGCACGUGAUGCGCAGCUUCUCGGAUAGCCACCUCUGUCUCAAGCUUACUACCACCGCCAAUUUUACACCGUACAAACUGCCUAGCCCCAUGGGAUCGUCUUCCCUCUUGCUGGUGGAAGAGGAGGGUUGGGACGCCGAGUACGUGCAACAAUGGCUCAGGCUCGAUGAUAGUAGAAGCGCGCAACAACACCGAGAUCUGCUCGAAUUGGAGUACGACAGGGCGGAGCUGGAGGAUUGGAGCUUCUCCCUGUCCACGGAAGACCUCGCACAAAAUGAAUCCGCAAUGUGGAAGGAGCAACCAGCUACUACAAACACGCCCGCCCUGCCGGCAAUCAAGGAGCAUAAUCUCCUGGAAUUGGAGGAGGACGCGAACGAGUGUCUGUGGAAUGGCGCGAGCUAUCUCGCCGACAGGGCUGGAGGAGAGCUGGUUGCGCUUUUAAUGGACGCGAGAGCGACUGGACCCUGGCCGUACGCCUCGAGUCCCGGAGCAUCCUGGAGCAGCGAGGAAGGUGCCUUGGAGAACUCGAGUAAGCGUUCGUCAGCGGCGCUCUCCGGCUGCAGCGACGAUCCCGACACUCCGUCAAUCGGUACGGACUUCACCAGAGAUUUUUACCGGCUAGUAAAGUUCGAGAGUACCAAGAGCCUGGCGAGCACGUCGUCCAGAAGCGGUAGACCGCCGCCGGACAGAGAACAAGCUCUUCAGAGCGUCCUGUCUUUCAUCGCCGAACAACAGAUGUACCUCGCGGAGUUACCGAAUAAUCCCGUUGAAUCGCAGAACGUGUCUCACUCGACCGAAGAAGUGGGCCCUAGCAAAAGUGACUUCGCGGGGGAGACGAAGGUGGCAGAGGUGGAAGGAUCGUCCGCUCAGGAGAGCAGUGCCGGAAACGCAAUCGAAACGAGCAGCAACGACGAGCUGCUCGACCAGAUACACGUGCCACCGUUGGCAUCCGAGGAGAGGAUUGUAAGCGCCGUAUCGUGCAACGGCGGUAUCGCGUACACGACGGUAGCUCCGUCGGAGUUGGGAGCCGUUCCGGAGGAGGACGAAGAAGCCGCAACUUCCUCUACGCCUAGUACGGUUGUCAGCCCGGCACGAGCGACGCUCCUCGUGGAGGGCAGAGAUCGAACAUUGAGCUUCCAUGAACGCGCCACGUCUAAGGAUGUUAUAGACGAAUUGAACCGCAUGAUUCGAAAGGGCGAGGAGAAUACCGCCACUAACGUCGCUAACAACGAGUCAGUACAGCUGGAGAAAUUGGAUCUCGCUUGCUGCUGUCCGACUGGAUGGGUUCACGUUGAACGUGACAUUGACUUCACCGACCCCAAGGCCAGAGCCAACCUCUUAGACGUGAUGUUAGCAAGCAGCGAAAGUUCCUCGGCGACAUCGAGCAGCGGUUCGGCGGGCAGCGACUCGGGGGAUGAACCACCUGAUUACCGCCACUUGCAUAGAUUACACCGGUACCGACGGCAAAAGAAAGCGUCGGCGGCCCAGGCACAUCGCGUUCUCCGGCUACCGUCCACCUGGGGCUCGUCCCGGCCGUCGAUCAUCGGCCGCGGCGAUGACUUCUUCGUGCGCUACGGGGACAAGGAGCGCGAGGCGGUGGCCUCGUUUGACUUCCUCGACGAGUUCGUCGCGGCGACAACGACGACGAUGGUGGCGGCGACGGUGGGACCCUCCUUGCUCGGCUCGGACAGCAGCCCCCUUGACCUGGACGAUGAUGCGCCGUCCGCCGAUCUCAACAGCGACAUCAUGAAGCUCUCGCCGCUCUAGGGACAGCGACGGCGGCGGCGGAUUGAUAUUGCGAAACGCGUGGAAAUUUUUGUCUGAACGCGAGCUCUUCCCGGCUGAUAAAACGUGGAGGUUCUAUCGAUUUUGUCGGGAAAUCUAACUUUGUUUUACUCCCUUUUUAACCAAUUGUACUUAAUACGUUAUAUUUUUAUUUAAUGGAGAGACGGUUUUAAAUCGAAAUCAAAAUGUUGCGAGUUUUGCAAUUUGCGCAACGUGCUGGGAAAAGUUCAGUGAACGCGAUACCACCGUCAAACAUUCUUCCAAAUCACGCCACUGAUAGCGAAUCAAAACCGCGCAUCCUAUCUAAACGUUCGAUUUGAUUCAUUACGCGGUAAAAGGUAAAUAACUAUUCGCAACCAAAUGUUCUAAUGGGUGCGUUCCGUCAAAGAUGGAUUAUUUUCUAAUCGUAUGAGAAAUGUCACAUUAGGUCAAUGUCACUCGCUAUCUCCUUACAAUGAACGAAGAGAGAACGAUUUGUACAUUAUCCUACAACGCCCUCGACACUACGGCUCGAGUUUCGAAAUCUUACAGUCCUGACGUUUUAUCACCAAGUAAUUGGGGAAACUCGAGGUGUCGCGCGCGCCGAAGACUAUAGAUUUAUAGUGUGAGACAAGAGCCUCAUCUUGUCUCUUUUUCUCUGCGAGCUUCCUCUUACUCGAGAUAUAAAUAACGCACUGUGGUACAGUCGGAUGUAAACGAAAAGCAUAAGUUGAUCGACUAGGGUAAGCUGGCCCGAGCUAGAUACAAUUCGCAUCCAGGUCUGAUCCCAGAUUGUUCCCAGCUAGAGCCAGCCGGUGUCAAGUUAAAUAGAGCAGCGAUAUCUUUUUCAGCGUAAAGCUACAUAAAUUUUGAGUUAUAUUUGCACUAUACUUCGAUGCAAACUUCCUAAACAAAAAGGAUCUACUAAUGGGUAAUGUGCGGAUAAAUAUUAAUCAAAGAAUUAGCGAUAAGGAUAUAUAAGCCGUAGUCGACCUGUGACACUAAAGUAGCGUGUACGACGAGCACGGAUUGCCACGAUUGGAAGGCUCUCGUACCGGAAUGAACGCACACCGACGACAUAGACGUAGAUUUAAUUCAUCCUCAUAGUCUUUUUACCAACAUUUCGGGUAUUGUAUACGAUUGUUAUAAAAAGCAAGAUCUCUGAUGGCCUAAAAAUUAAAAAGCAAUGUUCUGUUAACGAAUAUUAGACUUAUCGACAUACUUAUACGUCCCAGGCAAGUUUUAAUUUAAUUAAGAAAUCGUGUCACGAUUACAUUUAACUUCUAAAGACGUAAUGUAAUCCUUAGUUUAGUACUUGGAAAAUUGAGAAUUGAGAAAUUAGCAAUUUUAUUAAAUAAUUGACUCUAUCGGAGAUCUUGCAUUUGAUUAAGACUAAAUAUUAUUUCCAGGGAGAAUGCAUUUUAAACAAUAUAAAGUAUCAUCGAAUCAUGACUUCGAAACGUAUCACGGCACGAUCACCUUCCAAAGUGAGCUUAGAGAGAGGUACUAGACAGGUAGAUUAAGAGGUACUCGUCGAUUUUCUAUGAACCGCUAGAUAUUUUAUACUCUACCCUUUCCUACCCUCCAGUCCCGUCAUCAACUAGCGCCAAGAGCCGCGAAUAUCGUUAACUGACAAUUCGGUCCACGCGUGAUGAACUAUUUUCUUCUGUCCUUAGAAAUAAGAACGUAAACGAGCCUGUACAUUUCGCUUCCGAACUUUGUAACAUAGUAGAUUGUGAGCGAGAGAAAGAUUUUUGUGCGUAAAAAAAAAGAUAACGAUUACUUUGUUGCGUGAACGAAAACAGGGAGUCACACCUCGGCGUAAUUUGUACGAAAUUCGUCCCGGGAUGAGCGAAUUUCUGAGUAACGUGUUUGAUCGGAUUAUAGGCGUAAUAUCAUUAGCGUACAUAAAUUUAAGGUAACGAGUCGAUAUGGAUCGAGAUAUUUUACACGUAGCCGUAUACCCGCAUGACGAGGUUCAAUAUUCGAGGUGAAGAGGCUGCACGGAUGUUAAAAGUUGUCUCGCAUUUGCUUGCGUUGCUGCUGUUCUAGUCAAGCAAGUGAGACCAUGAUUUUUCUUUUACAAUCCAGAGCCUGGUCGCGUUUAUCAACCCUGCACUGCAUACUCGUUAUUCAUACAGCAGGCACUGAUUAACGUUAGAAAGUAGUAGUCUGAACAAUUUGGAAGACAUGUUUAAGCUACGAAGAGCUAGAUGAUCUCAUGAUUUUUUUAAAUAACGUAACGUCACCUUCGCUAGGCCAAUGAUUCGCAAACAUUCGACAAAGCUUUAACAAUAUUUAAUUAUGAUGUUCGUCAUAUGUUAAUGAUAUUUUAUGUCGUCACGUUCGUAUUUAAGGCGACACGGUGAAUAAAUACGAUUAAAUGAUUAAAUUAUGUAUCUUUUACUGUUAUUAUUUAUUAAACAAUAAUAAAACUAAUAAGUGUGAUGUUAAAAUAUCAUUAACGGUUUACGUAAAAAGAAAUUUUGCAAUUUAUAUCGGCAUGUCGUGCAGGGUUAAUUAGUGCUAAUUAAUGGUGAUCUUAAAAGAUUAUUUCCGUUGUCGCUAUAUUAAUCCCGAUCGAGAGGCCGUAAUUUAUUUGAAUAUUUAUUUUAAUUAUAAUGCAAAACUUGUUGUAGAGGAGUAAAACUCCCUUCUCGAGGAAACAACUUUCGUCCUGCAGCCUGAAAAUGAUAGACUAACGACAUAGCUUUAAGAUGUUUGUAAGUUCUAUAUUGGGGACAGCAAUGUGUCUCCACCUUUAUUCCCGGUCGCAGUAGCAGCGAAGUCAAACGGUAAUCGUGUGAAAUGAGACUUGCUGAACGACGAUGUACAUAGUAUGUAUCAUAGCUCAAUGCAAAUGUAAGUUAUCCUCUCUUGAACUUAAUAAAUAACGACAAUAUAUGAACGUAAAGGGAAAA